AUGCAGACCUUCCUCGUUGACCUGCUUAUAGUAGCAUCAACAGCAUCUGCUACGGUGCUGCUCUACGCGGACAGUCUUCCCUCGACACUCACCUCAGAAUGCACCACUGCGCUGACCGUGGACGUCACAGCCUGCGACCCGCUGGUGAGGGACCUUCGUCCUGACGUCUUCUACCCGCCCGCAUCACUGUCGCGCAUUUGUACCACCGAUUGCUCAUCCGCCAUUGAAACAUGGCGGUCAUCUAAUGCUUGCCUGCAGGACGAUUCGGGGCGCUACUGCGGUCCUAUCGCGGCCUUGGCUGCGGCCUUCUCAGAUCCCGGCAUCAGCCCUUUCAACUACAUCAGCAACACCACGGACCAGGUGCGGCCCGACGAUUGCGAUGCGUGCCUUGCCGAGCGGUUGCGGCUGCGUGAGGGGUCGCCGUACUUUGACGGGCCUAUUGUGGCCAGUCAGUCGUUAUACGAGAGCAUGACGGCGAGUUGCGGCAUCGUGGGACGCUCGGUCGUAACAACGACCAUCAACUAUUUCACGGCGGCGCCCGCUCCCACGGCCAAGGUGUGCCAGGGGUCAACCUACACAAUCCAAGCCUCGGACGACUGCUAUACCAUAUCCAAGAACCAGGGCGUCGGCACCGACUGGCUGCUGGUCGACAACGACCUGGAGGCUUUCUGCACCAAUUUCCCCGCCGCUGGCACCUCUCUGUGCAUCACUAACCAAUGCACCACUGUCACCGUCCCAACCAAUACGACGUGUGAGAUCAUGGCGGCGGCGGCCAACAUUACCGAGACGCAGCUCAAGGCCUGGAAUCCGUCUAUAAGCUAUGGAUGCGCAAACCUUCCCAAGAUGAACGGCUCCGAAGUCUGCGUCGACGCUCCCGGCCGCAAAUUCGUGGCCCCUACCGACACCUCCUCGCUGCCCCCUCAAACUCCCACCACUACGGCUCCCACGCCCACUGAUGUAGCAGACGGCUCCGGCGGUGCCGACAAACCUUGCGGGAGAUGGUAUUCUGUUCAAACCGGUGACUAUUGCAACCUGGUUGCCCUCAAAUUCGGCAUUACCCUCUCCGACUUCCUCUUUCUCAAUCCGGCCGUUAAUACCAACUGCACAAACCUCUUCGCCUUGGAGUCUUACUGCGUCGCCGCAGUGGGCGAUAUCAACACCUAUACAGGCCGCCCCGGUUUCGCCUCUGUAACUCUUGAUCCCUCGGCGCCCUUCACAGGAAUCCCCUACACCGAUCGCCCCGACGCCACCAACUCUCCUUACACACGGAUAUACACGGCCCUCCCCGAGGCCACAGGCACACGCGACGACUGCGUGCACUACUUUAACGGGGACGACUACCAGUACGACCUCGCCGGCUCCCCUUACGCCAGCAAUUGCGAACUCGCCGCGGUAACCUACGACGUCGACCUUGACACGUUUGCCUCAUGGAACUCUGGCCUCGGCAACGUAUCAGAUCCGGCAUGUGCAUUUGUCAAGGGUGUCCGCUACUGCGGCUCGUGGUACCUGGAACAGGCAAAUCAAGAAGUCGCCACAGCUACAACGACCGCAACCGACGACCCGUCAAACACAUCCCCGACGCCACCGGGACCCACCAUGUCAGGCUCACCCGCAGAUUGCAACGAGUGGGCCAUUGUCACGGACGGUCUAAGCUGCACAGACAUGGCCUCUCAAGCCGGCAUCUCUCUCGAUCAAUGGCUGGCCUGGAACCCGGCCGUCUCUUCAGACUGCCUGACCAACUACUGGCUCGACGAGGCCUACUGUAUUGGUGUCUCGGGCGACGGCACAACGACCACGGGGCCCACCACCACCACAGUCAGCACCGGUUCCACCACCUCAGAGGCGACACCGCCCGGCCCAACCAUGACGGGAUCGCCCACGGACUGCAACAAGUGGUCCCUCGUCACGGACGGUCUCACGUGCACAGACAUGGCCGCUCAAGCGGGCAUUUCCCUCGAGCAAUGGCUGGCAUGGAAUCCGGCUGUG